AUGCCCAGAAACGAGAGCAAGAUUGAGAUCGCUGCGCCGCCCACCAAAGUGCGAGAAGUGCUCCUCAACUUCUCCGCCUACCCAGAAUGGCACACCGAUUUCAUCAAGGGCAUUACGAUCAAGGACGAGUCAAAGACGGCCGAGUCCCUCGUCAACGGAGACAAGCUCGAGUGUAACAUUGAGGGAUGGAAGUUCAUCGCCGAGAUCAGGGAAAACUCCGAAGGCAUGUUCUCAUGGCAGGGUCCUCCCGUUCUGACCGUCGCUGGACUGCACCAGUUCCGUAUGGAGCCCACCCAGGACGGUACAGCCACUAUCUUCACACAGUCGGAAGAUCUCAAGGGUCCCCUGGCAUUCUUGAUGGGCCCGUCGCUGUUGGGCAAGAAGAUGGCUGCCCAUUUCGCGGAAUUCAACAGAGAUCUCAAGGCGAGGGCAGAGGCUUCGUGA